CCCGCAGUCCCCGCCCCGCGCAGCGCACGCCUUAUGUAAGCGCCCGAGGCCCCGCCCCCAGCAGGCUCCGCCUCCGCCCAGCUCCGGCUCGGGCUCUGGCUCCCGCUCCGCGGGCGGAGGGGCAGAGAAGCCGCAGCUGCAACUUCGCCCAGAGCGACGGAUCCCGGGCUCAGCCGGGAACCGAGCCGUCACCGCGGAGCCGCCGCCUUCCCGUUCCGGGCCUCAGCUUAGCCGGCUCGGCCAUGGCAGCCGCCGUCGCCGGCGUCGCGGCGAAUCUGGCCCCUGCGCUCUCCGCCCGUCGCUGAGCCGCCGUUAACCAACCCGCCCUCCCGCCGGUGCUGCCGCGGCCCAGGCUCCACACAAGUUUCUGCCGCCGAAGAAGCAGGAGGCGAAGGCGGAGGAGGACGGACGUGGGAAGUCGGGAGCCCCCGGCCCACUCGGCCCUCCCGCCCGCGAUGUGGGGGCGCUUCCUGGCCCCGGAGGCCGGCAGCCGGGACUGCCCAGGCGGAGCCCGCAGCUUCCUAGCGGGCCCAGAUUAUUCUUCAUCAGCAUGGUUACCUGGUACUGAAUCAUUGUGGCAGGCCACAACUGUUCCAUCCAACCAUCGAAAUAACCAUAUCAGGAGACAUAGUAUAGCUUCUGACAGUGGUGACACCGGCAUUGGAACUUCCUGUUCUGACAGCGUGGAAGAUCAUUCAACUUCAAGUGGCACAUUAUCUUUUAAGCCUAGUCGGUCAUUGGUUACUCUUCCUACUGCCCAUGUCAUGCCGUCUAAUUCCAGCGCUUCAGUUUCCAAACACAGGGAAUCAUUGACAUCAGAUGGCUCAAAAUGGAGUUCAAGCCUCAUGCAGACGUUGGGAAACCACAGAAGGGGGGAGCAGGACUCUUCACUAGACAUGAAGGACUUCCGGCCCCUCCGGAAAUGGUCAUCUUUAUCCAAACUCACUAUCCCGGAUGACUGCAGCCAGGAUGGCAUUGCACACACCGAAAUGUUAAGGAGUGAUUUGGAAAAGACAGGGAGAGGCAAGGCUUUAACUUCACAACUAAGGACAAUUGGGCCUAGCUGCUUACAUGAUAGUAUGGAGAUGCUUAAGCUAGAGGACAAGGAAAUAAAUAAAAAACGAUCAUCAACUCUGGAUUGCAAAUAUAAAUUUGAGAGCUGUAGCAAAGAGGACUUUAGAGCUUCUUCCUCUACUCUUAGGAGACAGACCUUAGACAUGACAUAUAGUGCCUUACCUGAAAGCAAGCCGAAUAUGACAGGCUCAGAGGCUUUUGAACCUCUGAAAUAUUUAAUGCUUGGUCAGCAGGCAGUAGGUGGAGUUCCCAUUCAGCCAUCUGUUAGGACGCAGAUGUGGCUUACAGAGCAGCUGCGGACAAACCCUUUGGAAGGUAGAACUACAGAGGACUCUUACAGUUUAGCUCCUUGGCAACAGCAGCAAAUUGAAGAGUUUCGAGAAGAAAGUGAAACACCAAUGAAGGUUUUGACUGGAUCAUCUCGUCAAAGUUAUUCACCUUCUGGCUAUCAGGAUUUCACGAAAUGGGAAUCAAUGUUGAAAAUAAAAGAAGGACUACUAAGGCAGAAAGAAAUUGUAAUUGAUCGGCAGAAGCAACAAAUUACCCACCUACACGAGAGGAUAAGGGAUAAUGAAUUACGAGCACAACAUGCUAUGUUAGGACACUAUGUAAAUUGUGAGGAUUCUUAUAUGGCUAGUUUGCAGCCACAAUUUGAGAACACUUCACUGCAGACUCCGUUUUCAGAUCAGUCAGUGUCUGGUUCUCAGCAAGAGGAACUUGAACAGAAGCUUGCAUCUACUGAGAAAGAGGUGUUACAACUUAAUCAGUUUCUCAAACAGAGAUUAAGCCAAUUUAGUGAUGAGAAGAAGAAACUGGAGGAAAAACUUAAAACCAGAGAUAGGUACAUCAGUAGCCUGAAAAAGAAAUGCCAGAAAGAAUCUGAACAAAACAAGGAAAAGCAGAGAAGAAUUGAGACCUUGGAGAAGUAUCUGGCUGAUCUUCCAACUCUAGAUGAUGUACAGAGUCAGAGUCUACAGCUGCAGGUUCUAGAAGAAAAAAAUAAGAAUUUGCAAGAGACUUUGAUAGAUAUGGAAAAAAACUUUGAAGAGAUUAAAAAACAGUGUCAAGAGAAAGAGGCACAAUUAACAUGCCAGAAAAGGAAAGAAAAGGAGUUGGUAACUACAGUUCAGAGUCUGCAGCAAAAAGUAGAAAGAUGCCUUGAAGAUGGAAUCCGCCUUCCUAUGUUAGAUGCAAAACAGCUUCAGAAUGAAAAUGAUAACCUGAGAGAACAAAAUGAGAAUGCUAGUAAGAUCAUAGACAGCCAACAAGAUGAGAUUGACAGAAUGAUUUUAGAAAUUCAGUCUAUGCAAGGGAAACUGUCUAAAGAAAAACUGACCACUCAAAAGAUGAUGGAAGAGCUGGAAAAGAAAGAAAGAAACCUACAGCGAUUAACAGAAACAUUGCUUGACAACCAAAGACAAACAGAAGAGACAUGCUCUUUAUUGGAUCAGGGCCAGGAAGCAGACCAAUCCAGGCAGCAAACAGUUCUUUCCAAAAGGCCACUAUUUGAUUUGAGUGUGAUUGAUCAGCUGUUCAAGGAAAUGUCCUAUUGUUUGUUUGACUUGAAGGCAUUGUGUAGUAUCCUUAAUCAGCGUGCUCAGGGCAAGGAGCCUAAUCUUUCAUUAUUACUGGGAAUCAGAUCACUGAACUGUUCAGCUGAAGAGACUGAGAAUGACCACAGCCCAGAAACACUCACUAAAAAACUGUCAGAUGUAUGCCAGUUACGGAGGGACAUCGAUGAGUUAAGGACUACAAUAUCAGACCGCUACGCUCAGGACAUGGGAGACAACUGUAUUACGCAGUAAUCAAGUGUUGGUUCCACAGCAAUAAUGACCCCUUGUUAGAUGCUGCUGUGUUACAUUUCUUCAUCUUUCUUUUUAGGAGCCAUAUCGGAAAGUUGCAAGUGACACAUGACUUGUACAUAGGAUUUUUUUCUGUGGGUUUUGUUUUGUUUUUUGGGGAGGGAAAGGGAUGUAAGGCGAUCUGGAAGGGGCUUAGCUAAUCAGGACAAAAAUCAGAUUACCAUUUGAAGAUGUGAUAAAGUUUAUAAGAAAAAGAAAUUCUGUAUUCUCAAACUACUGAUUGUAGGACCAAGCUGUGAAGAGUGCCCUUCAGAUAAAGAGGAUAGGAUUUCUUUUUAUCCUGUUGUGUGUGUGUGCGCGCGCAUGCGUGAGCACGCAUUUGUGUUUAUUUACAAAAUUACAAGGAUUUCUAGGGUCAAAACAAAGCUUCUGAAAAAGGCAUACACUUUUUAUUCUUAUAUUUCUUUUUUUUUUUUUUUUCAUGUAGAAGCUUGUAUUGUACUUUUGGGUUUUCAAAGGCUGGCUAAACAAGAGUUCCAGCAGCAGGCAGUAGCAGUAUUCUAGUAGGAGUGCACAAGGCAAAACCAUUACAUUUUGAACGACCAGUGUACUGAGAUUAUGCGAUUGUGGGUCGGGUUGGUGUUAGUACUGUAGAUAAGUCAGCUAUUUUUCCAGAGUGAUUGUGGAUUGCCUUAGAGGUGUGAAAUUUUGAUGUGAUGAUCUUUUUCACUAGCCUAGUAAUUUAUAUAUUACAAGGCAGUUAACAUAAUUUCAACUAAUUUUAACACGUCUGUUGCUACUUAGAGUUUUUUUACUUACGUUUUACAUGUAGAUAUAUGUAUAUGUAUUAAUGUAAACAAAGCCAUAUAUAAUUCAUGCAAACCUUCUAAGGUCUCCUUUCAUUAUUGUGAAAGAAAGAUUAAAAGAGUGACUCUGGAACAAUAGCUUAUUUAUCAAAAUCUCAAUUGUUUACAUUUUAACAGCUUUGUAUCUGUUUUAAAGUUGAAACUACUUUAAGAAAAAGCCAACCUGUCUUCUUUAUAUCUGAAUUAUCACUAGCAUAAAACAAAAUCUAAAUCAGGUGAUAUUUCAAUUCUUUAUAUUAGGUAAAGUACAUUAAAAACAGAAUUUUUCAUGGAACACAAAUUUGGUUAGGUUAGGUUAGUUCUACUGGAGUACAAGAUAUCACUAUGAAAUGCAACCGAGUUUUAAGUAGUCAUCCAGUCAUUAAACUUCCAAAUGAGUAUUUCCCUGUUUUAAUUGGUGUUUUGGAAAGACUGCCUUCAGAGUAUUCAUUUUUAAGGUGAUCAUUUGUUUAUAAAUUGUACCCAAAAGCUAAUAUGAAGAAUUUUGCCUCAUGAAAGUAUCUAAAAAUAGCCCUUUAUAAUAAAUUAGAUAGUAACAUCUAAAAGAGUUAGGCCACAGGUGCAGCACACGUUUUUAUAUCUCUUUGAAUAAAGUCCCCUCCUCCCAGGCCCAGCCUCCACAAUUUUGGAAAUAAAAGCACCCUAAAAUACAGUACUAAUGGACAAAAAAAAAAUCACUGAUUUGGGUCACUAAGUUCUUACUCUUAGGUUUUUAGUAUAUGUUUUGGGGUUUUAUGGUUAUUUUGUUUUAAACAGACUUGGUCAUUUGUAUUCAUCUACUGUAGAUAUAUUUUUGUUUUGUAACUUUGUUGGGAUAAAAUAUUUUGUUUUUAAAAAUAAGUGUUCUGAAAGUUACAGAAUUUGGCUUAAUUCACAUAUCUUAAGGUAAAUUUUUUUAACUUAAUAGGAAAUUAACAAACUAUUGCUGAUAUAGUUCAUUUUCCAAAAUAUAUGCUCCAUAAGAAAGGAAAUUAAGAUGUGAUAGUUUAAGUACAACCUUGAAUUACAAAAUGUAAUCUUUUGGGAGUUUGGAGUUUGUGAAGGGAUCUAGAUAAGUAGACAGCCUUGAAGGGUAUUUUUGGGAAAUCAAACUAGUAGUAUUCAAAUUCAUCAAUAUUUAAUUUUGAGUUUUAUUUUUCGGAAAAUUCUCUCCCAAGACAACCUCUGUGUUAGUUUGAAACAAAUGAACUGAGGUAUUCUUAGAAGUUAUUACAGUGGUAUAGAUCUGAGAUGAAAACUUAAUUUUAAAGUAAAUCUAUUUGAAAAUCUCCUUAGUUAUGAAAACUUUUAAAUUAUUCUUUUGUGAAUUAAAUGCUUGUCUUCUAAGGAAGUUUCAUAGGCAGUAUUAAUAUUUAUUAUUAGUCUUCUGAGUUUUGACAUUGAGCUUAUUUUGUCUCUUAUAAUAAGAGACCUAGAUUACCUGUGCAGAUCAAAGGCACAAUGGUUGUUUUUUCAUUUGGUAUCAGAAAAAAAGGAUUUUACUUAAACUGUUAAUAAAUUUUCAGUGGCCUCUAAUUUUAAAAAGCUUAAGUAUUAACUAGGUAAGUCAUUCUUGAAUUUUUCUUUUAAUUAAUGUGGUCCUUUCUUAUAUUUGAAAUAUGAUUCAGUAUUUAAUGUUAACAGUAUUAUAUUUCAGUGAAAUUUAUUUGGUUAUGACAGUUUUUAAACUGAAUCAGAUUUUUUUUCAAUAGCUUGUUAAGAGACAAUCUCAAGGGCUGGAAAGUGUUGCUAAAAUGAAUAUUGUACAUUACUGACUUAAUAAGCUUAUAAAUUAAUUUUGUCAUAGUUGAAUACUUAAUCUCAGAGGAUAUUUUUAAAGGAACUACUUUAUUUGGAAAACAUUCUUUCAUAUCAGUAAUAGUUCAUUGAAUAAAUAGCAGCUGAGAACUUGGACUGUAUUUUUAAAUAAUUCACCUCAGUCAUACCUUUCAUUUGGAUUAUUGACAUUCUUUUGUGUAGAUUUCUACCAUUGUAGAUAUGUAAUUAUGGUAAUAAGCAAUUCUUAUAACCAUGCUCACUCAGACCAUAUCAUUUAAAACUGCCAGUAGCUAUAGCUCUCAGAGCCAAAGUUACUUCAUUUCAUUUUCAUUUUUAACAAUUCUUUUCAAUGUUCACAAAACAAGAAAAACUAUUAAUUGUUUGGUAUAAAGAGUAUAAUUUCUAAUUCACCCCAAAAUGCUAUGGUGUUAUAUUGCUGUAUGAUAUAGUAUUACACAUUUAAUCAUGAAGGGGGAACGAUUUUGGAUUUUUGGAUUUUUUUCUUAUUUAAAGAAGUGUUGAGUAUAUUAAGAAUGUAGUUUCAAAUCCAUAAGUCAUUAACAACACCAUUGGAGCUGCAUACAGAGAGAACCUUUGUGCCUUUUUGCCUGCAGUAAGCAUUCAUUUCUGUUUAAAUGAGUUAUAAGAAUGUUGAUGAUUAUUGCACCUUGUUUUUCUGUAAAUAGACUGAUUAAGGAUUUUUUUAAAGCAAGGCGCAGUUUUUCAUUACUAGGUAAAUAGAUAGUAAACAUGAGAGGAGGUAUCAGAUAUAUGUCUUUGGAGCCCAACCUUUUCCCUGUGUAGCGAGCAGGAAACUCCUUUGGAAUGUCAUGUUUGUAUAUGUGUGUACAUAUAUGUAUAAAUAGUUAUUUAAAUACAUAAGCAUAAAAUUCAGCAUCACAUUGAUGUGAUGACAAGAUGCAGUAAGGUGCUAGGUGGUUUCAUUAAAAGCACAGAAGAGUGUGUAAUCAGUCACUAUGACUGGUGGUUUUUGUAAACUAGGUUCACUUUUUGAACCACCCAAAAUACCUCGUGUAAAUACAGCAGUCAUGACUUAAUUGAAAUACAGUUAUUGUAAAAAGAAUGUGAAGCCACUGGUUGGCUUAUGCCUUCUGAUCUAUCAUUCUUGCCUCUUUUUUUGAAAAGAGGUGGUUUUUUUCUUUUUGUUUUUUAAUGCGGUUUACAGCUAGAAUUUUGAAUGCCAAAGUUCUAUUUAUUAAGUUUAAAAAAGUUUUCAAUGUUAAUGGCUAAGUAUUUUUCCACUGGACUUUGUUUGUUGAUGUUGGAAUUUGUAUUUACAGAGAAAUAAAUUUUUUAUAAAAAGA